GUUCGCUUCUCCCGCGCAUGUACCAGGGUUGGUGAAGUUCCAGCCGUCCCUGUGGCCCUGGGACUCGGUGCGGAACAGCCUGCGCAGCGCACUGACGGAGACCUGCGUGCUCUACGACGUGCUCAGCAUCCUCAAGGACAAGAAGUUCAUGACCCUAGACCCCGUCGUGCAGGACCCACCUCCCCCCAAGCAGAAUCCUCAGUUUUUACAGUUGAUUUCAAAAAAGAAGUCACUAGCUGGAGCAGCACAAAUCCUGUUGAAAGGAGCAGAAAGGUUAUCCAAAUCAGUAGCAGAAAACCAGGAAAAUAAGCGGCAAAGAGAUUUCAACUCUGAGCUGUUGAGACUGAGACAACAUUGGAAACUGAGAAAAGUAGGAGACAAAAUUCUUGGGGAUCUGAGCUACAGAAGUGCAGGAUCCCUCUUCCCUCAUCAUGGCACAUUUGAAGUGAUAAAAAACACAGACAUUGAUCUAGAUAAGAAAAUCCCUGAAGAUUAUUGUCCACUGGAUGUUCAGAUUCCAAGUGAUUUAGAAGGAUCAGCCUAUAUAAAGGUUUCUAUUCAAAAGCAAGCUCCAGAUAUAGGUGACCUUGGCACAGUUAACCUCUUUAAAAGACCUUUGCCAAAAUCAAAACCAGGUGCUCCACAUUGGCAGACAAAACUAGAAGCUGCACAAAAUGUCCUGUUAUGCAAAGAAAUCUUUGCCCAGCUGUCAAGAGAAGCAGUUCAAAUUAAGUCACAAAUUCCUCACAUUGUUGUGAAGAACCAGAUCAUCUCUCAGCCUUUUCCAGGAUUGCAGUUGUCUGUAUCCUUGUGUCACUCUUCUAAUGAUAAGAAAUCUCAAAAGUCUGCCUCUGACAGACAAAGUCCAGAAGAUCAUCUCUAUGUCCUGGAACACAACUUGCAUCAGCUGAUCAGAGAGUUUCACAAGCAAACUUUGAGCUCCACGGUGAUGCCACACCCAGCUAGUGCACCAUUUGGCCAUAAGAGAAUGAAGCUGGCAGGACCUCAGGCAUUUGACAAAAAUGAUAUCAACUCCUUGCAGUCAAACGAAGGACUUCUGGAAAAGAUUAUUAAGCAGGCAAAACAUAUCUUUCUGAGGCGCAGAACUGCUCGAACCAUUGAUAGCCUUGCUAGUCGCAUUGAAGAUCCACAGAUUCAGGCCCACUGGUCCAACAUAAAUGAUGUUUAUGAAUCCAGUGUUAAGGUUUUAAUAACUUCUCAAGGUUAUGAGCAGAUAUGCAAGUCUAUUCAGCUACAGCUGAACAUUGGAGUUGAACAGAUCCGAGUAGUGCACAGAGAUGGAAGAGUUAUCACAUUAUCCCACCAAGAACAAGAGCUGCAGGAUUUCCUUCUGUCUCAGAUGUCCCAGCAUCAAGUCCAUGCAGUUCAGCAGCUCGCUAAAGUUAUGGGAUGGCACGUUUUGAGUUUCAGUAAUCAUGUGGGCCUGGGGCCAGUAGAGAGCAUUGGCAAUGCAUCAGCAAUCACUGUGGCAUCACCAAAUGGAGACUACGCUAUUUCAGUGCGUAAUGGUCCUGAAAGUGGCAGCAAGGUUUUGGUUGAGCUCCCACGAUCUCAAUGCAAGGAUCUCCCCAAAAGCGACGUGUUGCAAGAUGGCAAAUGGAAUCAUCUCCGUGGGCCGUUCAAGGAAGUCCAGUGGAACAAAAUGGAAGGGCGCAACUUUGUAUAUAAAAUGGAGCUCCUCAUGGCAGCCCUAACCCCCUGCUAUUAGUCCAGCAUUGCACUGAGGAGGACUUUGACUUCCUCUAGUAAUAGUAAGCUGUUACAAGUGCAGCAAAGAGACACUGAUCCUGGACAGUACUACACAAAGUGUUCAGGCUUGCAAGUCUGUACAGACACAUCUAUCACAAUGUCUAAGGCACAAACGUUCUUGCUAUGUGAACUGUAAUUUUUUUUUUUAAAUAAAACUUUCAGUUAAAAUAGAAAACACCAUUUUUUCCUAGGUGUUUUGUUCUUCGUGUUCUUACAUCAGAGUACAGUUUUAUCAACUGCAGAUUCCUAAAAAUCCAGCUUUGGGACUACAUGCAGGAACUGAGAGAACCUCUGAGUAUUCAUGGGAUUACAUUUCUGAAGCACUUGCCCUAAAUGAACAAUGAGAAUAGCAGUACAGCUGUCUAGGAAUAUUUUUACUGUGCUUCAGAUGGAGUUGGCUUUGACAGACUUCCUUUAUAAAAUUAAAUUCAGCAGGCAGUUUAUUGCUUCAAGGAAGACAGCUCUUCAAGUGUGAUUGAAUGAUAUUUGCAAUUAUCUUGGAAGACCUCCUGAAGGCAAAUUGUUUACCUAAAGCAUGUAAGGGAGCAGGCCUGAUAUUCAUGCAUGUCAGGUGGCUUGGAACUAUAGCAGCUAGUGGAUCUGUUUGGAUGCAGAUGGGACCAGGAGGGAGACUGAGAGCCCACACUGAAUGACUAAAGCUACCAAAAAUUCAUGAUUCAGGCCAUCCUUCUGCAGCAAGUCCCUGACUUGAACCGUGUCCUUGUGUGCACCUGUGUGUGCCCUGUAGUUCUCUUUUCCUCUUAUGUCCUUUCCAUUUAUGUCUUGAGAAGCAAUUUGUCCACACCAAAGGCCUAGAAGUGAAUUUGGAAAUGCAUGCAGACAGUUCUCCUCUGCAAUAUAAAGUUUCAUUUCUUCCUGGGAGAAAUUGUACAAUCUUUGCUUUCUCCUUUGUCUGAGGAAGGGCACGAGCCCAAAAGUUUACAAAUAAAGACAUUUUUUGCAACUAUCUAGUUGGUCUAAUAAAAGAUACCAUCUCUA